GGCCUUGGCUUCACACGUUUUAGUAGAUAAAUACUAGCUAAUUUCCUAAAAGAUUCACAACGCGUAAGAGUAGUGCGCACAUUUUGUGUUCUCAGGGAUUUACCGAUUCUGGCAAGAUCUAUUGGACUAAUACAUGGUCAUGGAUUCACACAAGCAGGCUGACUGUUUUGAUGGGUUUCAAGGGGGAUUUAAGUCCUUCGCAACAGAGGCUAUCCACGUUGGCCAGGAACCGGAGCAAUGGAAAUCUAUGGCCGUAGUGCCACCUAUUUCGUUGUCUACCACGUUUAAACAAUAUGGACCUGGAAACCAUGCUGGGUUUGAGUACAGUCGAAGUGGAAACCCAACAAGGAACUGCCUGGAAAAAGCAGUUGCUGCUCUGGAUGGAGCCAAAUACUGUAUUGCUCUUGCAUCAGGACUGGCUGCUACAAUGACCAUCACACACUUGCUGAAGGCUGGUGAUGGUAUUGUAUGCAUGAAUGAUGUAUAUGGAGGAACCAACCGAUAUUUCAGAAGAAUUGCUGCAGAGGUUGGCCUGGAUGUGUCCUUUGCAGACUGCACACAACAUGAUGUCUUGAAGGCAGCUCUUAAAGCUAACACAAAGUUGCUCUGGAUUGAAACUCCUACCAACCCCACCAUGAAGGUUGUAGACAUCAAGGCCUGCGCUGAGAUUGCCCAUGAACACAACAAAGACAUUGUUGUAGUCGUGGACAACACCUUUAUGUCUGCUUUCUUUCAGCGUCCCUUGGCUCUUGGAGCAGAUAUUUGCAUGUACUCUGCAACUAAGUAUAUGAAUGGCCACAGUGAUGUUGUUAUGGGUCUGGUGUCAGUAAACCGAGAGGACCUGCAUGAGCGACUGAAGUUUUUACAGAAUGCCAUUGGUGCAGUGCCGUCCCCCUUCGACUGCUACCUGUGUAACCGUGGACUCAAGACUCUUCACCUGCGAAUGAGGCAGCACUUCAAGAAUGCCUUGGCAGCAGCCACCUUCCUUGAGGCUGACCCAAGGGUGGACAGAGUCAUUUUCCCAGGACUGCCUUCACACCCUCAGCAUGAGCUGAUGAAGAGACAGUGCACAGGCUGCCCUGGAAUGAUCACGUUCUAUAUCAAAGGAAACAUUGAACACGCCACUGUCUUCCUCAACAACCUGAAGCUGUUUGCCCUGGCAGAGAGUCUUGGAGGUUACGAAAGUUUGGCGGAGCAUCCUGCGAUCAUGACACACGCCUCUGUGCCUGAGAAAGAGAGGGCCAUUCUGGGCAUCAACGAUACUCUCAUCCGUCUAUCUGUGGGGCUGGAGGAUGAGGAGGACAUUAUUGCAGACCUAGACCAGGCCCUGAGUGCUGCUCAUCCACAGAAAAACUGAGGCCUGAAAACGACUGUGGAUCAGUUAUACUGGCCUAGAUCCCCUCGAGGUGAAACGGGAGCAAGCGCAAAACAUGUAUGAUCUGCACGUAACGCUCAUCAGGGAAAACUCCCGUUAAUAUGCUGUGCCUUUGUCGAGUCACAGUUUUUACUGGAAUACAUCUGCUGCCACCAGUUCUUCAGGAACACUUUUGAUUUUUUUUUUUUUUUAAUGUAAACCGCUUUCGCUUUGUGUAGUACACUUUUGUGUGGACGCACUUGUGAGCGUGACUGCAAUAUUCAAAGGAUUUAUGGGCUCCAACCCAGAGUCAGGCCAAAGGGGAACUGCCAGCAACAUACAUGUUUUUUAUUUUGUCUCCAAUGUGUUUUAAGAUUUUACUGGAUCUCGAGAGGUUUUAAUUGAGUGAAUCGAGUUGGCAGUGUGUGGUGAGAGUGGUGUGACCAAGUGAUGCAGAAACUUCCUCUGAUAUGAAAUUCCAAACAGUCUGUAGCGGUCAUUGUGAGGUCGUCUCUUUACGGCUUUGCAUUGUCAAUGAUUUUUUUCUGAUUUUAUCCCAGAGCAACAGAAUAAGUUUGUGUUGGCAAGGUACUACUCAGACUACAGGUGUACUUUACUGGGCAUGUCAUUAGAUACCUGAGUAUGCUCUGUAUGCUUAACUUGACAGAGGCUGUUUAUGACAAUUGAAAUGUGUGUUCACAUCAUUAAAACCUGAUUGACAACGA